UUUCAAUUCAAAUUAAACAAGGAGUAACAGGCACCGCUCCUCGGUCCAGGGGCCUGGCCCUGCCAAGAAGGCGUUCUCCGGGAUCAACACCUGGGGUCUUGGAAGGAUGUUUCGCUCAGAUCGAAUGUGGAGCUGCCAUUGGAAAUGGAAGCCCAGUCUUCUCCUGUUUUUAUUUGCUUUAUAUAUCAUGUGUCUUCCUCACUCAGUGUGGGGAUGUGCCAACUGCCGAGUGGUUUUGUCCAACCCUUCUGGGACCUUUACUUCUCCAUGCUACCCUAACGACUACCCAAACAGCCAGGCUUGCAUGUGGACGCUCCGAGCCCCCACCGGUUAUAUCAUUCAGAUAACAUUUAACGACUUCGAUAUUGAAGAAGCUCCCAAUUGCAUUUAUGACUCAUUAUCCCUUGAUAAUGGAGAGAGCCAGACUAAAUUUUGUGGAGCAACUGCCAAAGGCCUAUCAUUUAACUCAAGUGCGAAUGAAAUGCAUGUGUCCUUUUCAAGUGACUUUAGCAUCCAGAAGAAAGGUUUCAAUGCCAGCUACAUCAGAGUUGCUGUGUCCUUAAGGAAUCAAAAGGUCAUUUUACCCCAGACAUCAGAUGCUUACCAGGUAUCUGUUGCAAAAAGUGUCUCCAUUCCAGAGCUCAGUGCUUUCACACUCUGCUUUGAGGCAACCAAAGUUGGCCAUGAAGACAAUGAUUGGACAGCUUUCUCCUACUCAAAUGCAUCCUUCACACAAUUGCUCAGUUUUGGAAAGGCCAAGAGUGGCUACUUUCUAUCCAUUUCUGAUUCAAAAUGUUUGCUGAACAAUGCAUUACCUGUCAAGGAAAAAGAAGACAUUUUUGCAGAAAGCUUUGAGCAGCUCUGCCUUGUUUGGAAUAAUUCUUUGGGCUCUAUUGGUGUAAAUUUCAAAAGAAACUAUGAAACAGUUCCAUGUGAUUCUACCAUUAGUAAAGUUAUUCCUGGGAAUGGGAAAUUGUUGUUGGGCUCCAAUCAAAAUGAAAUUGUCUCUCUAAAAGGGGACAUUUAUAACUUUCGACUUUGGAAUUUUACCAUGAAUGCCAAAAUCCUCUCCAAUCUCAGCUGUAACAUGAAAGGGAAUGUAGUCGACUGGCAAAAUGACUUCUGGAAUAUCCCAAACCUAGCCCUGAAAGCUGAAAGCAACCUAAGCUGUGGUUCCUACCUGAUCCCGCUCCCGGCAGCAGAACUGGCCAGCUGUGCAGACCUGGGGACCCUCUGUCAAGCUACUGUAAACUCUCCUAGUACUACACCACCCACUGCCACCACUAACAUGCCUGUUACUAACAGAAUCGCUAAACAAAGGAAUGAUGGAAUUAUCUAUAGAAUAUCCGUAGUGAUUCAAAACAUCCUUCGUCACCCUGAGGUAAAAGUACAGAGCAAGGUGGCAGAAUGGCUCAAUUCAACCUUCGAAAAUUGGGACUACACAGUUUAUGUCAUUAAUAUCAGUUUUCACCUGAGUGGUGGAGAGGACAAGAUUAAAGUCAAGAGAAGCGUUGAGAAUGAGCCAAGGUUGGUGCUUUGGGCCCUUCUAGUUUACAAUGCUACCAAUAAUACUAAUUUAGAAGGAAAAAUCAUUCAGCAGAAACUCCUAAAAAAUAAUGAGUCCUUGGAUGAAGGCUUGAGGCUACAUACAGUGAAUGUGAGACAACUGGGUUACUGUCUUGCUGUGGAGGAACCCAAAGGCUACUACUGGCCAUCUAUCCAACCUUCUGAAUAUGUUCUUCCUUGUCCAGACAAGCCUGACUUUUCUGCUUCACGGAUAUGUUAUUACAAUGCUACCAACCCAUCGGUAACCUACUGGGGACCUCCUGAUAUCUCCAACUGUUCAAAAGCAAAUGAAGUUGCUAACCAGAUUUUAAAUUUAACUGCUGAUGGGCAGAACUUAACCUCAGCCAAUAUUACCAACAUUGUGGAACAGGUCAAAAGAAUUGUGAAUAAAGAAGAAAACAUUGAUAUAACACUUGGCUCAACUCUAAUGAACAUAUUUUCUAAUAUCUUAAGCAGUUCAGACAGUGACUUGCUUGAGUCUUCUUCUGAAGCUUUAAAAACAAUUGAUGAAUUGGCCCUCAAGAUAGACCUAAAUAGCACAUCACAUGUGAAUAUUACAACUCGGAACUUGGCUCUUGGCGUGUCAUCCCUGUUACCAGGGACAAAUGCAAUUUCAAAUUUUAGCAUUGGUCUUCCAAGCAAUAAUGAAUCGUAUUUCCAGAUGGAUUUUGAGAGUGGACAAGUGGAUCCACUGGCGUCUGUAAUUUUGCCUCCAAACUUACUUGAGAAUUUAAGUCAAGAAGAUUCUGUAUUAGUCAGAAGAGCACAGUUUACUUUCUUCAACAAAACUGGACUUUUCCAGGAUGUAGGACCCCAAAGAAAAACCUUAGUGAGUUAUGUGAUGGCGUGCAGUAUUGGAAACAUUACUAUCCAGAAUCUGAAGGAUCCUGUUCAAAUAAAAAUCAAACAUACAAGAACUCAGGAAGUGCAUCAUCCCAUCUGUGCCUUCUGGGAUCUGAACAAAAACAAAAGUUUUGGAGGAUGGAACACGUCAGGAUGUGUUGCACACAGAGAUUCAGAUGCAAGUGAGACGGUCUGUCUGUGUAACCACUUCACACAUUUUGGAGUUCUGAUGGACCUUCCAAGAAGUGCCUCACAGUUAGAUGCAAGAAACACUAAAGUCCUCACUUUCAUCAGCUAUAUUGGGUGUGGAAUAUCUGCUAUUUUUUCAGCAGCAACUCUCCUGACAUAUGUUGCUUUUGAGAAAUUGCGAAGGGAUUAUCCCUCCAAAAUCUUGAUGAACCUGAGUGCAGCCCUGCUGUUCCUGAAUCUCCUCUUCCUCCUAGAUGGCUGGAUCACCUCCUUCAAUGUGGAUGGACUUUGCAUUGCUGUUGCAGUCCUGUUGCAUUUCUUCCUUCUGGCAACCUUUACCUGGAUGGGGCUAGAAGCAAUUCACAUGUACAUUGCUCUAGUUAAAGUAUUUAACACUUACAUUCACCGAUACAUUCUAAAAUUCUGCAUCAUUGGCUGGGGUUUGCCUGCCUUAGUGGUGUCAAUUGUUCUAGCAAGCAGAAACAAAAAUGAAGUCUAUGGAAAAGAAAGUUACGGGAAAGAAAAAGGUGAUGAAUUCUGCUGGAUUCAGGAUCCAGUCAUAUUUUAUGUGACCUGUGCUGGAUAUUUUGGAGUCAUGUUUUUUCUGAACAUUGCCAUGUUCAUUGUGGUAAUGGUGCAGAUCUGUGGGAGGAAUGGCAAGAGAAGCAACCGGACCCUGAGAGAAGAAGUGUUAAGGAACCUGCGCAGUGUGGUUAGCUUGACCUUUCUGUUGGGCAUGACGUGGGGUUUUGCAUUCUUUGCCUGGGGCCCCUUAAAUAUCCCCUUCAUGUACCUCUUCUCCAUCUUCAAUUCAUUACAAGGCUUAUUUAUAUUCAUCUUCCACUGUGCUAUGAAGGAGAACGUUCAGAAACAGUGGCGGCGGCAUCUCUGCUGUGGUAGAUUUCGGUUAGCAGAUAACUCAGAUUGGAGUAAGACAGCUACCAAUAUCAUCAAGAAAAGUUCUGAUAAUCUAGGAAAAUCUUUGUCUUCAAGCUCCAUUGGUUCCAACUCAACCUAUCUUACAUCCAAAUCUAAAUCCAGCUCUACCACCUAUUUCAAAAAGAAUAGCCACACAGACAAUGCUUCCAUGGACAAGUCCUUGUCAAAACUGGCCCAUGCUGAUGAAGAUCAGACAUCAAUCAUCCCUGUCCAUCAGGUCAUUGAUAAGGUCAAGGGUUAUUGCAAUCCUCAUUCAGACAACUUCUAUAAAAAUAUUAUCAUGUCAGACACCUUCAGCCACAGCACAAAGUUUUAAUGUCUUUAAUGUAACAAAAAGAAAUCAAUCUGCAGAAAUGUGAAGAUUUCCAAGCAGUGAAAACUGCAACUAGCAAUGUAAAUGUGCUAUUACCUAGGUAACUGCAUAUAUAUAAGGAAUGUAUUUUGUUAAGAAGGCUUUUGUGAAAUUCAUAAUUUUUCUUUUUAAUAUAUUUCUUCCAUGGAAGAGUUGUCAUCAUCACUAAAACUUCAGUACUGAGAGCAACAUGACUCAGUAGCCACAGAAGCUAUGAUUUUUAAAAUGUAUAAUUGAAUCAGAGUCAUCAUAAUUCAGGGGAGACAUUCAAAUUAGAGACAAGGGAGAAGCAACGCUGAGGAAGACCCUAGAUAGAGCUCGAUUUAGUCCACCUAGUCAUUAUAUCUGGAUGUACCCAUUUUCUGCAUCUUCUUUCUCAACAAUAAAAAAUGUAACUAUUUUGAAUGCCCAC